AUGUUUCCCAAAAUUGUGAUUUUAUUGAUACUGUUGAAUAUUGUUUUAUGUCAACAAAGUGUAUUUGUCCCAUAUACAUUUAAUGAAGAAAAAUGUACAGGUAAUUAUACAUGGACAACUUGGUUUGAUACAAAUGAUCCUGAUAUGAAACAAGGCGAUUUUGAAAUAAUAAAUCAUAUAAGAGAACUUUUUCCUGAUUUUAUAUGUCUAUCUCCAAUAGCUAUUGAAAGUCAAACAUCAGUUGAUGAAAGUCCAUCAACAACAGGAGAUGUUUUUCGUAUUAGUAUUAAAGAUGGAUUUUUAUGUUUAAACCAACAAGUUGCUAAUUAUAAAGACAAAAUGUGUGAAGAUUACAAGGUUCGUUAUUGUUGUCCAACAUCAUCUCUUGAGGCACAACUACAAUAA